CUCUCUCUCUCUCUCCUCUUCCUCUCUCUUCUCUCUCUCUCUCUCUCUCUCUCUCUCUCUCUCUCUCUUUCUCUCUGUCUCUCUGCACACAAACCCACUUCUGCUGGCCCUGGCCCCGCCGACUGCUCAGCCUUUCUUAGCCAGCAGGGUAGUAGGCACGCGAGAACGAAAUGGUGCUGAUCACGCGGCCACGAGGAGCAGGAGCAGGAGGCGGAGGUCUGGGCAAACCAGCGCUGGAUUACGGUUCAGCGUACGAAGAGAUCCUUCGCAGUUCACGAAGCGCAUCCAGCAUAGCUGGAACUUCCUCCGCUUCUUCUGCCGUGCUGCUGCUGGUGGAUGGUAGCGUAGAUGGGGUCUGUGCAGCUCGAGCAUUGGCCACGCUGUUUAGGGAAGACGAGGUGGCGCAUAGAGUCGUGCCUAUUGAUGGAUAUGCUAGUCUGGAACAAGUCGUCAGGGAAGAUGUGGUGGGCAAUCUAGCGUGUCAUACGCUCGUGCUGCUCAACCUUGGUAGCUUGCUCAGCUUGCCCAACUACUUUUCCACAGACGAGGAGCGCGAAGAAGAGGAGGAGGAGGAGGAAGAAGAAGAAGAGAGAGGAUUGCGACUCCCUCCGCAUUGCAAGGUUCACCUCGUCGAUUCUCAUAGACCCUACAAUCUCGACAACGUCUUUGCUACUUCGGCACUCAUGUCGCGCAUCUACGUGUGGGACGACGAUGAAGCGCUGGAAAGACUUAGGAGAGAGGGCGAAGCUUACGAAGCGCUGGAAUUUGAGCUUGAUAGCGAAGACGACGAGGACGACGACAGCGCGUCUGAGCAGGAAGAGAGCGAUGAAGAAGAUGCAGAGCUUCUGCCGAGCGAAGACGAGGAUAUCGACGCGUCAUCUGUGGCCGCUUCCACGAGCAGACGAAAAAGACGCAAAAUCGCCCUCUCGUCUGAUGAGGAGGAAGAGGAAGAGGAGGAGGAGCAGUACGGCUCCGACAAAGAGCCCCGGAAGAGCUCUAAAGCGCCGAGGAGUAGCAGAAAGGAACGCUCGAGCAAAAGAUCGAAACCUUCUAGACCUGCUCCAGCCGCAAUGGCUAAACAUAGGGCGGUGCUGUCGCGAUAUUAUGCUCGAGGCACCGGCUACGGUCUGCCAGUCUCGCUCAUCAUGUGGAUGCUGGCAGAGAGGCUUGGUCGGAGCGAUAACGAGGGCUUGUGGCUCGCGAUUCUGGGACUGACAUCGCAAUACUUGACUAGCUCGAUCGAUGUGGAGCACUACGAAAGGGUAGCUGCGCUACUGGCCAGCGAUGUGCGCGCUUUGAAUCCGAGCACGACUGCAGAUGGCGUAUCGGACGAGUCGGCAGUGAGGCAGAAAGCAUCUGGAGGUCUGGCGGGCAGGGCGGUGGACGCGGACGAUGGCCGAAUACGCGUGCUGGACAAGGAGCUGCGCUUCACCUUGUAUCGUCAUUGGAGUCUGGAAAACGCCAUGUACCACUCAUCCUAUGUCGCUGGCAAGCUAAGCAUUUGGCGAGAGAGGGGUCUGGCCCAACUUAGAGGAUUUAUGGCCAAGAUGGGCUUCUCUUUGGCGCAGUGUCGACAAACCUUUGACCAUAUGGAUUUGGACCUUCGAAGAACGCUGGUGGACAAGAUCGAAUCCAUCGCGCCAGAGUAUGGCCUGACGGAGUGCGUCUACGCUAGCUUCUUAAGAAGCUACGGGUAUCAGAGCAGUCCGCUGAGCGCUGCGGAUAUCGUGGAGGGAUUGGACGCGCUUCUUUGCGCAGCGCAUGGUGUGCGCAUCGAGGUGGAUGCGCCAGGAUUGACCUUUGCCGGAAUGGGCGUGGGAGCGGGAGGUCAACAGGGCGCUUAUGCUGCUGCUGUUGGUCAAGGAGCGAUAGGCAGCGAAUUGUUCGGCAACAAGAGGUUCUGGAACCUAUCCGGUGGCGUUGCGCCGCGCAUCGAAGGGCGAAUCGAGGCGGACAAGGCGCAGGACAAGGAGAAUCGAGCACCUGGAGAAGGGCAGACGAACGCCUUGCAGAAGGAGCAAGCGGGCGGCGCAGUUGCUGAGGCUCUGCAGGAGGCAGAAGCGGUGGCAGCGCAGCACAGCUCUCGCAACGCUCAAGCAGACUGGACAAGAAGCUUCUUUGCGGCCUACAAUGCUCUCGACUCGAAAAAGCCAGCCAGCGUCGCCUUGUUGCGCUCCUCUUUGUCCUUGUCCAAAUCUCUGCAUCGCUCCAUCAUCUCCCAGGGCGUGGCGCUGAUCGACAAGCAAGCCAUCAAGACGCUUCGAGGCUUCCGCCUGGCCGUACUAGGUGACGGACCGGAUUUGCCGCUAUUUACGCACCCCAACGUGCUUUCACGUCUUGCGCUGUGGCUCGUGGACGCCUUGCGGGAUCUGGUAGCGAAGCAAGAAGCAUCGCGCAGGGAGGCCAAGCGUCGACGCAAAGGAUCCGCGGUGGGCGGUGGAGAUGGCGAGAUGACGGAAGAGAUGAUGGAAGCAUCAUCGAAGAGCGCUACUCAGGGAUUGCCCUUCGUCCUCGCGGCGCUGGACGAGAGGAGGGAUAGGUUCGUCGUUGUCGGACUGACGGGAUCGACAGAAUUUGGGGAUACGAGGAGAAAUCGGUUCGGCUUGGCUUUUCAGGAAGCGGCUAGUCAGUCUGGAGCUAGGACUAGACAUGACCAAUUCGACACGUCGGCCAUCGAGGUUCGCAAAGACGAUCUGACUGCUUUCAUCGAGAGACUGCAUGUGCGCGCUUGAUUCGCGCAGCGCGAACCGAUGCUCGCACCUCCCAGCCUCCCCGUUGCUUCGUCCGCACACCGCCUUGCGGUAUCGCUUUCCCUCCCACCACCUUUCCAAUCUCUUGUCCCCCUCUCGCGUACCUUUCAUUGCAGGGCACGCUGCAUUCGCAUAAUCUGUCAAAAUCACAUCUACGCAUUUGACUCGGCAAGCACACAAUGAUGAAGCAACAUU